AUGAUCCAGCCCCAAUGUGUAACCUACGGGACUCUUGGGAAUCUGAAUGGGAAUCAAGAUCUCUCCCUGGCGACGUCUCCAAGCUUAAUACCAAGACACGACCUGCUGGCUUUGAGGAACCCCGUCGCGUCUGUGUCUCACGCAGUGGAGCGAGGCAGUCCCAGCAAGUCCCAACUAUACCUGGAUGAAGUACUGGACUCUGUAAUUCAAAAUGGCGGCACAAGGGCCAAGAGCAGAGAGGGGGUGAAUCUGGCUGAAGUCAUGUUUUACUGCAUGAAAAACACUCCGGAUGGAAUACAUACAAUAAAUGGGGCAACCGGUGAAAAAUUCACCAACGGUCAAAUCCUCAAGCGCGCCGUCUCUAUCGCUCGCGCCUUGAAAAGCGGUCGUACGACAGAGACGGUGAUAUUAAUGCUACGGAACACUGAGCAUAUGUCUGCGCUGUUCUACGCUGUGCUUUUUGCUGGCGUGGUCCCUUUUAUGAUGGAGCCGCGAUCUACUGAAUAUGAAAUCCAGCAGUUCCUCCCCCUGGUAUCCCCCCACAUCAUCUUCUGCGAGCCUGAUCGUGUCGAUGUCGCCACAAAAGCGGUGGAAGGAACUGACAUCAGAGUCCUGGUUGCCGACGGUUCACCGUUAGACAAAUUCACGCUGGGGUGUAGUAACGAUAUUGACAGUUUUCAGUUACCAGAAGUGCGACCGGACAGCACAGCCGUAAUUCAGCCCACCAGCGGUUCCACGGGUACACCGAAGGCUGCCAUGCUAACUCAUGAAGGCAUAAUCAUGCAGAUACCGAACCUUUGGCUCCACCACACCCAGUUCCCUCGCCCGACUGGUAUGGGGCUCCUCGUGUCUACAUGCCAGUGGCUGACCCACACCAUCACCAUGACCAGCUUCCCCGUAUACCAGAUCCCGAUCCUGAUCACUCCGUUGAAGAUCUCCGCAGAGUACAUCGCGGAAUUGGCGGGGAAAUACCGAGCAACUUGGACCCUAAUCGGACCAUCACUAGCAACUCCACUAGGACACUUAGCCACACCAGACCAGCUGUCUUCAUUCGACAGGUUCUACGUCGGAGGCUCGACUUUUUCGCCUGAUAUGGUUGCCCCCCUCAAGGAAAAACUGCCAGCACCAGGUUGUCUACUAAACGGGUACGGAAUGACGGAGGCACACGGACUCGUAGCAGCAGGUCCCCUGGGCACCCCACUCAACUGCGUAGGGCAAAUAAGUAAUAUCCUCGAUUACAGGUUAAUCAACGAAAAAGGUGAAAUAGUGAAAGCGCCUUAUGAAAAAGGAGAAUUGUAUCUAAAGGGCAAAUGUCUCCUGAAAGGUUACCUAAACAACGAGGCAGCUUAUCGCGAGAGCGUCACUCCAGACGGAUGGCUGAAGACGGGAGACGUUUUCUACAGGGAUGAGGAGGAAAGGUUAUUUUUCGUCAACAGAACUAAGCUGAGCUUCAAAUACUUGAACCACCAUGUUUAUCCUGAAGAAAUCGAGCGCGUCAUAGGCAGUAUACCAGGAGUCCAGCAAUGCGUGGUGGUUGGCGCAGACGCUGGGCCUGCUGCUGCUGUGGUUCUACAAGAAGGGUGCGGUGUUACAAGAGAGGAUAUACAACACGCAGUCAACUGUGAGUGACACAGAUUUAUAGUCAUAGGCAGUAUACCAGGAGUCCAGCGAUGCGUGGUGGUUGGUGCAGACGCUGGGCCUGCCGCUGCUGUGGUUCUACAAGAAGGGUGCGGUGUUACAAGAGAGGAUAUACAACACGCAGUCAACUCUACUCUAAGCGACUACAAGCACCUGCGCGGGGGCAUCGCGCUCGUGACGUCACUGCCCACCACUCACACUGGCAAGGUCCACCGCGCCAACUGCCUCCAGCUGAUCCAAGAACUCAUCGGCAGGGGGGAAUGCUUCUAGAAACUUCCAGAAGCCGAAGCUAGAUUAUCAUUAAUUGC